AAGAGCCGGGUUUGCUGCUGCAGGCGUGUGGUGUUCGUUGUUUCUGGCAAGCGGGACUUGGUCCUGGGAGAGAGGUGGGGCCGCAGCCGCGGAGAGCGAGCCGGGGUGCAGGCGCUGCGCUGCGCUAGCUGCAAUUGGGAAGCGGAGCGGCUGACGGGGAAGGGGAAAAAGUGACCGGAGGGGAGGUGGAUCCUCCCUUCAGAAGCCGCCUCUCUCCUGCCGCGCUUAGCCCUCGGCUCCCAGCAGGGAGUGGCCGCCUCGGGCGGGGCCCCGCGGGACAGCAGCGGUGGCAGGGGCUGAAGCCAGGGGAAAAAACUAAGCUGCAGUUGAUUCAAAACCAACUUUUUUUUUCCCUGUCUUUUGGCUUUGUAUUCACUCAGCUCUAACAACUUGUCUAUUUCUCAACAAUCUCAAAUGCUUCUGGGAAAAAUGGGGAAACACGAAGGCCUGAUUGUCCAGUUCUGAUUGGUUCCUUUCUAGACUGAAGAAUUUGGAUCACCCUAUUUUUUAUUGGAAAAACAAGGCCCUGGGGUAGAGGCAAAAAUGUACAAAACGCCCAUCUGCGUGCUACAGCUAAGCAGGGUGGUGAUGAACCACAAGCUCUGGGCUGUGUUUAUCAUCACCUUCAAGUUCAUGUCCUUUGUCUCCAUAAUGUUUUACUGGAAAAUCACCGAGGACGCCAAAGGCAAGCGUCUGCUCUAUGGCUUGCCUCUGGAAGUCAAAUGUCCUCGAUCUGUGCCUUCUCCUCCCCCGGCUGUAUCUGGCAGGCCACCUCCACCGCCUGGGGAUAUAUUUUUUGUGGAGACCUCAGAAAAAACCAACCCAAGUUUUCUCUUUAUGUGCUCUGUGGAAUCAGCAGCCAGGGCUCACCCUGAGACCAAAGUUGUCAUCCUUAUGAAGGGCUUGGCAAACAGAAAUUUCACUCUUCCAAAACACUGGGGCUUCUCCCUGCUGAGCUGCUUCCCUAAUGUGGAAAUCCGGCCACUGGACUUGAAUGACCUUUUCUCUGGUACCCCUCUAGCUGACUGGUAUUUGGUGGCCCAGCACAGAUGGGAGCCUUAUUUCUUACCCAUACUUUCUGAUGCCUGUAGAAUUGCUAUCAUGUGGAAAUUUGGGGGUAUCUACUUAGACACAGACUUCAUAGUCCUUAAGAACUUAAAGAACCUCACCAAUGCUCUUGGAACCCAGUCCAAAUAUGUAUUGAAUGGGGCUUUUCUCUCUUUUGAAGCCAAACACAAGUUCAUAGAGCUUUGCAUGCAGGACUAUGUGGAUAAUUACAAUGGCUGGAUCUGGGGGCACCAGGGCCCACAGCUUUUAACCCGUGUUUUCAAAAAAUGGUGCUCUAUCAGGAGUCUCCGGAGCAGUAAAAGCUGUAAAGGAGUCAGUACUCUUCCCAGAGAAGCCUUUUAUCCCAUCCGCUGGCAGGACUGGAAGAAGUACUUUGAAGUGGUCAGCUCUUCAGAGCUUCACAGACUCUUCAAGAACACCUACGCGGUGCAUAUUUGGAAUAAAAAGAGUCAAGGGACAAGAUUUGAGAUCACCUCAAAAGCUUUGCUGGCUCAGCUGCAUUCUCAUUACUGUCCUUCAACAUAUGGGAUAAUGAAGAAGUAUUUUUGAAAGGAAUUGAUUGACCCACCUGUCACCUAACUGAACAAAGGAAGUAGCCAAAACUGUUCAGCCUUCCAAGCAAAAAUGUACAUUUGAAAGCGCUUAUAUCUCUGUGAAUCAUCAAUCACCAGGCGGUGUGAUGUAGUGAAAUUCAAAGAUAAAUGUAGAGCAGGCUGAAUGUAGGUUGAACACAGGAGUUAACUAAAGACUGAGCAGUGCUUAUCUCGCUUUCCUUCCUUUCCUUACUACUCUGGCUGUGUAAAGGGACCUUAAGAUCAGGGGCAGCUCCAGGCACCAGCAUGCCAAGCACGUGCCUGGGGCGGCAAGCCGCG